UGUGGAUAUAGAUAUCGACCAAGAAGAACUUGAUGCAGGUAGGACAGCCGACGACCAUGAGUCGCUCGCUUCCCGUCGUGCGAGAUUCAGGCCUGGUGGCCAAGCUCCUACCCAGGUUGAUACACGUGGCCAGUCCACGCACGAACGACCCGUUGGUUCUAUGAGGGGUGAUAUUCCGAAAAAGAAAAAGAUCGCUCAUAAACCACACGUUGGUCAGCACUCCUAUGAAGUGGAUUUAGGAGACUUCGCCGACAGGGAGGAAGGUAAUACUUCGUCGUUUUCAUUGCUUUAAGAUGACUUACCUUCUGGGAUUCGUAAUCAUGUUUUAUGUUCCAGGGUUCUUUGAAGAGGGCGAACUCCCAUUGUCUCCCGUAUUCACUGGUUCUGAUAAUAUGGAUAGCUUCAUGGAGCAGAUGUGCGAUGCCCUUCGUGACGGUUCUCUGGGUAUCGAUCUAAACAUUGAUCUUGGACAGGUGAAUAGUGUUGAGCCCACCGUUCCAUAUUCAGGUUGUCCUGCAGAUGUCGCGAUGGAAAAGCCAGCUGAGGAUCAGAUCUUUCAUGAUGUGGGCUUCGAGGAACAGAGGUGUGCCUCUGUACCAGGUUCCUCGGGACCCGACGCUGGAUUAUUAGCCGAUAUGUUGGCUGAGCAGGCCACCAGAAGAACCGUGGGACCACCCUUUGAGAGUGAUUCAUUCACAGCGCCAGUCAUUGGGAUUAACCCAAUAUCGAUUCCCGGCAUAUCUAGCUUACCUCGGAGUGACGGACUUGCAGGACCAGCCACUGGGACUGAUACCUUUAUGACUCCUGGUAUCCCUCUUGCAUCUGAGGACGAUGGACUUACAGGACCAGCCGUUGUGCCUGAUGCCACUACAGUUUCUGGGACUGAUAGUUUGCCUGAGAGCGGUGUCUCUCCGCCACAGCCGAGAGGUAUGACCGAUUUGCCUACAGGGGUUGAUAUACCCUCCAUGACUACUCCUGCAGUUAUUUCGGAACCUGUCAGAUUUUAGCCUGAGGGGACCUCCGUUGGCCUUGGAUCUCGAUCAUCUCUAUAUGAGCGUGUCCGCGCCCUCUUGGCUUAUACCGA